GUUGAACGUGAAUAUCCCCAGAAUCUGCCCACCAUCGGUGUGAUUCUGAUUUAUCUGGAUGAGGCUCUGUCUGUCAUUCAAAGAGCUGUUUGUAGCAUCAUCAACAGAACUCCAGCCCACCUGCUGAAAGAGAUCAUACUGGUGGAUGACCACAGCCAAAAUGAAGAUCUGAAGACACAGCUGAAUGAUUUUGUGAGAUCUAUUAACCAGAAGCAUCCAAACUUGUUGAAACUGGUGAUACAUUCAGAGCAGAGAGGUCUCACGCAGGCGAGAAUCUCAGGAUGGAAGGCUGCCUCCGCGGAUGUAGUUGCCAUUUUGGAUGCCCACAUUGAAGUCCAUGUCAAAUGGGCAGAGCCUUUGCUUGCUCGUAUCCAGGCCGACCGCACGGUGGUCCUGAGCCCCGUGUUUGACAAAGUGAAUUUCGAUGAUUUGCAAAUAACGAAUUAUCCUGCAAACGCUCAUGGCUUCGACUGGGCUCUCUGGUGCACAUAUGACAUGUUCCCACAGAAGUGGUAUGAUCAGAAUGACCCUUCACAACCAGGAAAGAGUCCGUCUGUAAUGGGCAUUCUGGUGGCUGAUCGUAUGUUCUUCGGUGAGAUUGGAACUCUGGAUGAAGGGAUGCGGGUGUAUGGAGGAGAGAAUGUUGAAUUGGGAAUUCGGGUGUGGCUUUGUGGAGGAAGUAUAGAGAUUGUGCCGUGCUCUAAAGUCGCCCACAUUGAAAGGGCACACAAA